AUGAGUGAUAUUAAAUAUUCACACCUUGUAGAUUCUAAAGUAGCAAAUGAAAUAGGUAAAAAAGUUGGCGCGUUUUUUGCCCAAGAAGCAGGUUUUACUAACGUAACACCUACAGCUUAUGAAGCUUUGGGAAAUUUGACAAAGUUAUUCCUUAGUAACUUAAUACAAACAUCGCGAGCUUAUGCGGAGUUAGCCUGUAGAGCUCAACCAAAUAUUCAUGACAUAGAAAAAUCUCUUAAAGAUAGGAAUAUUCGGACGGGAGCAUUGGAAGGAAAAGAUAAUUACCAUAAAUUUGCAUUGGAGUUAUCAUCAAUAUUAAAACCAACAUCAACUUCUACUACAAUAAUAAAAUUUGUACCAGAGGAUAUUAUAGUGGAAAAACCAAAGAAUAAACGUCAAAGAAGAUCAUCAUCAUUUGCUUCUAGUUUUCGUCCAAGUUAUGUUCCUUCAUAUAUGCCACCCUUUCCAAAAUUAAGUUUGGAACAAGUGAAAUUAGUAGAAAAGAGUUUACAAAAACUUACGCGUCAUAAUGAAGAACCAAUUUUAAUUCAUUCAAAUAUUCCCGAAUCACCAUUAACAUCAUCCACAGUUGUUUCAGCUAAUUCAUCACCAAUUGCUGCUGCUAACGAUGAUCCAUCUUCUAUACGUCUCUCAAUUUCAAAUUUUGAUUCUACCAUUUUACAUACAGGAAAAACCUCAAAUAUCUUGGAACGAAUUAUGUAUACAAGAGUGAAUUUAAAAGAAGUAAAAUCAUUAAUUUCCGAACUUGACAAUUUAUUAAGAUAA